AUGGCCUACCGUCCAGACCUCCUGGCUCCCUACCUCGCCCUCCCCCAGGGCGACAAGAUCCAGGCCGAAUAUGUUUGGAUCGACGGCGAUGGCGGUCUCCGCUCCAAGACCACGACUGUCACCAAGAAGGUCACCGACAUCGGCACGCUCCGCAUUUGGGACUUUGACGGCUCUUCCACCAACCAAGCACCCGGGACCGAUUCGGAUGUCUACCUUCGUCCCGCUGCCAUCUUCAAGGAUCCCUUCCGUGGUGGUGACAACAUCCUCGUCUUGGCCGAGUGCUACAACAACGAUGGCACCCCUAACAAGACCAACUACCGUCACCAUGCGAAGAAGGUCAUGGACCUUGCCAAGGACCAGGUCCCCUGGUUCGGUCUCGAGCAGGAGUACACGCUUUUCGAUGUAGACGGUACCCCGUACGGCUGGCCCAAGGGCGGUUUCCCUGGCCCUCAAGGUCCCUACUACUGUGGUGCUGGCGCAGGCAAGGUUUUCGCUCGUGACCUCAUCGAGGCGCACUACCGCGCGUGCCUCUACGCCGGUGUGAACAUCUCUGGUAUCAACGCGGAAGUCAUGCCUUCCCAGUGGGAGUUCCAGGUUGGUCCCUGCGAAGGCAUCUCCAUGGGUGACCACCUCUGGAUGGCGCGCUACCUCCUUGUUCGCAUUGCCGAGCAAUGGAACAUCAAGGUCUCGUUCCACCCCAAGCCCCUCCAGGGCGACUGGAACGGUGCUGGUUGCCACACCAACUACAGCACCAAGGCGAUGCGUGAGCCCGGAGGCAUGAAGUACAUCGAAGAUGCCAUCGAGAAGUUGAGCAAGCGCCAUAUGGAGCACAUCGCCGUCUAUGGCGAGGAUAACGACCUGCGUCUCACUGGCCGCCACGAAACUGGUCACAUUGGCACCUUCAGCUCUGGCGUUGCUAACCGCGGAGCUUCCAUCCGUAUUCCCAGGCAUGUUGGCGCACAAGGCUACGGUUAUCUCGAAGACAGGCGUCCUGCGUCCAACAUUGACCCCUACCGUGUUACCUCCAUCAUCGUUGAGACCACCUGCCUUGACAAGUAG